UGGUCCUCAGUAGAUUGUGUCGAAUGUUCGGUUGCGCUUUGGUUUGCGAUGUCUUUAUAUUAACACGUAAAAUUAUAACGAUAGAACAGCGACAAAAUGGGUGAAAUGAAAUCGAAUGAUUUCAACAGUCUCAAAAGAGCUGAAAAAUUCAGAAAAGUAGCCAAACAUAUCGAGGAUAAGUGGAAGCUCGUCCCUGCAUUCCUCAAAGGCAAAGGCCUCGUUAAGCAACACAUUGAUUCGUUCAAUUAUUUCAUUAAUGUUGAGAUAAAAAAAAUCGUCAAGGCAAAUGAGAAAGUAUUAAGUGAUGCUGAUUCCUUGUUCUACGUCAAGUACCUGAAUGUUUACAUUGGCACACCAGAUGUUGAGGAAAGUUUCAAUGUUAAUCGCAUAACAACGCCACAUGAAUGUCGACUCAGGGAUCUAAACUAUUCUGCACCUAUAUCAGUGGACAUUGAAUAUACCAGAGGCAAUCAACGCAUCAUUAGAAAUAACUUAUUGAUUGGAAGAAUGCCCAUAAUGUUGCGGAGUUCCAAUUGUGUUCUGAAUAACAAGUCUCACUUCGAGUUGGCAAAAAUGAAUGAGUGCCCUCAUGAUCCGGGUGGUUAUUUUGUCAUAAAUGGGCAGGAAAAGGUGAUUCUGAUCCAAGAACAGAAAUUGAGAAACAGAAUUAUUCUGGAGGAAGAUAACAAAGGUUGUAUUGUCAGUUCAUGCAACAGUUCCACCCAUGAACGAAAGACUAAAACAAACGUUGUUGGGAAAGGCGGAAAAUAUUACAUGAGACAUAAUAUUUUUCAAGAUGAUAUUCCUAUUGUAGCAGUAUUUAAGGCUAUGGGCAUUGUAUCUGAUCAAGAAAUAAUGCAACUAAUAGGAACUGAAGAAGAAUACAUGAGAAGGUUUUCGGCUUCGUUAGAAGAAUGUCACACAGCAAAUGUUUUCACUCAAGACCAAGCAAUCAGAUAUUUAAGUAAUAGAAGAAAACAGAAGCGAUUUCCCACUAGUAAAAUGGGCGUUGUUGAUGAAAUAAAGGAUAUCUUGGCAAUAAACAUCCUAUCACAUGUUCCGGUAGUAGACUUCAACUUCAAAGUCAAAGCAACUUACAUUGCAUUGAUGAUACGUAAGGUUAUGCAAGGCCAGAUUGAUAAAACGCUAAUCGACGACAGAGAUUAUUACGGUAACAAGAGGCUGGAAUUAGCUGGUUCCCUACUGUCUCUCAUGUUUGAAGAUUUAUUCAAAAGAUUUAACUGGGAGCUCAAACAAAUUGCAGACAAAAAUAUUCCCAAGAUCAAAGCAGCCCAGUUUGACAUCGUUAAACACAUGAGGCAAGACCAAAUUACAAAUGGUUUAGCAUUUGCUAUUUCUUCGGGUAAUUGGACCAUAAAACGGUUCAAAAUGGAACGUCAAGGUGUAACGCAAGUCCUUUCAAGAUUGUCGUAUAUAUCUGCCCUAGGAAUGAUGACCAGAGUAAAUUCACAAUUUGAAAAAACAAGGAAAGUUUCUGGCCCCCGCUCCCUACAGCCUUCCCAAUGGGGAAUGAUGUGUCCUAGCGAUACGCCAGAAGGAGAGGGCUGCGGUCUAGUCAAAAAUCUAGCAUUAAUGACUCACAUCACAACAGAGGUGGAAGAGGAGCCAAUUAUCAGACUAGCCUACAAUCUUGGAGUAGAAAACGUCAAUAUUUUGGGAGGUGAAGAAAUAAACAACAAAAAUGUGUACAUGGUUUUCUUGAACGGCAAUAUUCUAGGAAUUACUAAAAAUUACAUCCGACUUGUCAAUGUAUUCAGAUUGUUACGCAGAAAGGCCAUGAUCAAUGGCUUCAUUUCAAUAUAUCCUCAGCAUCAUCAUAGAUGUGUGCAGAUAUGUUCGGAUGGUGGCAGACUGUGCAGACCUUAUAUUAUAGUCAAAGAUGGAGAAUCUCUUGUUCAGCAAAAACACAUCGAAGCACUAAAACAUGGCUUCAAAACGUUUGACGACUUCUUGCACGAAGGUCUCAUAGAAUUCUUAGAUGUGAACGAGGAAAAUGAUAGCUCAAUUGCUUUCAAUGAGUCCCAAAUUGAAGCAGGAACGACUCACUUGGAAGUAGAGCCAUUUACUUUGCUCGGCGUUUGUGCUGGCUUAGUGCCGUAUCCUCAUCACAAUCAGAGUCCUAGAAAUACAUAUCAGUGUGCUAUGGGUAAACAAGCUAUGGGAACUAUAGGAUAUAACCAGCGUAAUCGCAUAGAUACACUAAUGUACAAUCUGGUUUACCCGCAAGCUCCAAUGGUCAAAUCUAGGACCAUAGAACUGAUCAAUUUCGAUAAACUCCCCGCUGGACAAAAUGCAACAGUUGCGGUGAUGUCCUACAGUGGAUACGACAUAGAGGAUGCGCUAAUUUUAAAUAAAGCAGCGAUUGACAGAGGUUAUGGAAGAUGUUUAGUCUACAGAAAUGCUAAAUGUACUUUAAAAAGAUAUGCAAAUCAAACUUACGAUAGAAUAAUGGGCCCUAUGAUAGAUUCAAAUUCUAAAAAACCCAUUUGGAAACAUGAGAUAAUAGACAAUGAUGGUAUAGCUGCCCCUGGAGAAAUGGUAGAAAAUAAAAAAGUCAUGGUGAACAAAUCUAUGCCUGCGGCAACAAUGAACCCUGUAAAUCCUGCUAAUGUUCAGACUCAACCUGAUUAUUGUGACGUACCAGUUCUCUUCAAAGGAUCAGUUCCAGCCUACAUUGAAAAAGUUAUGGUAUCCAGUAAUGCGGAUGAUGCAUUUUUAAUAAAGUUGUUGCUACGACAAACUAGACGGCCUGAAAUUGGUGAUAAAUUUAGUAGUCGACAUGGACAGAAAGGUGUAACAGGUCUGAUUGUGGAACAAGAAGACAUGCCAUUCAAUGACCUAGGUAUCACACCAGACAUGAUCAUGAAUCCACAUGGAUUUCCCUCAAGAAUGACAGUAGGUAAACUCAUCGAAUUACUUGCUGGCAAGGCUGGUGUAGCUGAAGGGAAAUUCCACUAUGGAACAGCGUUUGGUGGUUCAAAAGUAGAAGAUGUUUGCGAGGAAUUGGUAAAACAUGGCUAUAAUUAUAUGGGUAAAGAUUUUUUCUACUCUGGUAUUACCGGGGAACCACUCCAGGCAUAUAUAUACUCUGGUCCGGUGUACUAUCAGAAAUUGAAGCAUAUGGUUCAAGACAAGAUGCAUGCUCGUGCUAGAGGACCAAGAGCAGUUUUAACACGCCAGCCAACAGAGGGAAGAGCUAAGGAAGGAGGUUUGCGCUUGGGCGAGAUGGAGAGAGAUUGCUUAAUUGGUUAUGGUGCUAGCAUGAUGUUAAUUGAGCGUUUGAUGAUUUCAAGUGAUAUGUUCGAUGUUGAUGUAUGCAAUACGUGUGGACUAAUGGCGUACAGAGGCUGGUGUCAUAGUUGCCAGACAAGUGCUUCCAUUUCUACAAUAUCCAUACCUUAUUCAUGUAAACUUUUAUUCCAAGAGUUACAAUCUAUGAAUAUUGUACCAAGGUUAACGCUGAAGAACAGUGGUGACUGAAACGAAUGGAAAAUUUAAUAAGAACAUUAAAAGUGUGGGUGUCAGUAAUAAGUAUUUUUUUUUUUUUCAUUUACAACAGUUAAGUAGUACUAAGGAGUAUAGUCCUAUUCUUUACAAUCUUCUGGCGAUCUCAGUACAUGUACACUUGAGAAAAUGAAUCUGAGACUGGUAAUUUUUUUACACUAGACAGUUAUGUUGGCAACACAGAGAAACGUACAGCGCCACAGUCGGCCGAGCGCGAAACUAACUCAAUCUCAAUAAACAAAACAUAACCCAUGACCGUCGAAUCUAACCUUAGAAUACGUGUCGAUCACAGUCUUACAUACGGGACUUGCAACGAACUGAAAUUUGAGUGGUGGGGGUAGCCGCGUGAUUGUCUACAUUUUUUUUUGCCACUACUGGCCACUACGCAGCGCUGUCAGUUAUUCAUAAACAAAUGAGUGACAUUACACGUAAGGUUACCUGUGUAUGAGUAUCAAAAAGAUUGGUAGGGUUCCGCCAAAUAAUAAUAAUAAGCUUAUGAAUAACUCGUAGCGCCGCUCUUGUGGCCAUAAGUUGUACUUUUGUUUCGGACGUGAACUGACCAUCCCCCACCACGUUCGUUGCAAAACCUGUAUGUAAGACCAUGGUGUCAAUACAACAAAUCAUUAUCCCCGCGGUAUUUUAAGCAUGGACACUAGAGGUAAGGAGCCCGUACGCUAUACUAUGAAUGUGGAUCCUGAAAGCGAUGAAAAAGAUAUGUAGGCUGUGGUGGCGUUGUGUCCUUAGUAUAGGGUCAAUGCCACACUUCACAUCCUAUACUGACAACACAAGCGCGCUCGUGACUAGUUUAGAACUACAACCAACGUAUAUCUUUUUCGUCGAUUUCACGGUCCAAAUUUAUCAUGAUUCUCCUAUGCCGUUCGGGCUCCUGACCUCUAGUCUCCAUGAUUUUAAGGUUAGUUUCGACGGUCAUGGGUUAUAUUAUGUUUAUAGUAUUUCGGUGAUGAGGCAGCCGGACCACCUCGUAAGGUGGAAAUUCCAGAAGCCACAAGCAGAAUGCAGUAAGUUAUUGCGCAUGCGCUAUGGCUUUUAUCGUACUUUCUGCAUUCUGUUUAUAGCUUCUGGAGUUUUGUGUGUUUCGGCCUUAAUUCUUACACCGUGGUUCAAAUAGAUUAUAACACAAGAAAAUCAUGUGACGUUGCAAAAUUUAUUUUCUGAUUAUUUGAGGAAUUCAAUGCUCACAAUUAUUCGUUGGAUGGCGUUACUGUCGCUACCCAACUACCUAGGGGUAUGUUCCGAUAUACACUGCGAGCACUGUUCAGUGCUCUUACUGGGGAGAAAUUCGUUCCGUUAUAGACGGACAGUAUACAGUCGCAGUAUCCUAGGGAAAUAUAUGACGUCAUAAAUCGUCGCCAUUUUUCUACUGUGAACACUGGUGCUUUCGAGGUAAGGUGCUCUCAGUGCUUUGAUCACGUGAUCAACAGCGUUCAGAAAUUUAACAGCUUCCACUAUUGAUAAUUAUUAUUAUUGAAUAUUGUCAUUUAAAAAUAUCGGCCGUUAAAAACAAAAAUGGAAAAUUUGAAUAAAUUGUGUUUAUUGCAAUGUGAAACAAAUAUUAUGUAUGAAAUGAAAGUAACGCCAAAAAAUGUCGAUCACAGUAUACUGUACUGCGUUCCGUUUUAAGCAGUAACCAGUAUAGCUAACUAUACAGGAACGGCUUCGCAGUAUACUAAAUUGACGUCACACCUUACAGUGCUCGCAGUGUAUAUCGGAACAUACCCUAAGGCGUUACGCAAUACACUGUACAGUAUCAUGUAACCCAUGCAUAUCUAUAUUAAAUUUUUCCCUCAACGUCCGUAUACCUGCAUUUAAUUUAAUUUAAUUGCUCAUAACUUUUGCAAUUAUCAUUCUUAAGGUUAUUAAGAAAUACCUCCCAAUUAUGUUUAAAAUCUUAGGUGAAAUUUUUUGCCUGAAUUUUAACGCUGAAAUUUAGUCGUUCAAAAAACACUGUCACUGAGGCGCUGGCAACCAUGACGCCUGUAACCCGGCAACUCAACUUACAGGCAUCAACGUGCAAAAAAUACUUAACCUCAAACAUGAAGAAAUCGUAACAAAUCCACCUGCCGUGGUUGAAGCAAAUACGCGCGCGUCAAAAUGAGUGAGCUCACCAUGGAAGAAAAAGUAUAUCUUAUUGAGUGCUUCUUCUCGAGAGGAAAAAUAUAUAGUAAUGCGUAUAGAGGGUUUCGUACUAAGUUUGAAACUCAUAGAGUUGCCAGUGAAAACACUCUGAAAAGGAUAAUCGAUAACUUUGUGGAGUAUGGUACACUCCAGGACCGUAGACACGAGUUGCCAGGUCCAUCUGUUACAGUGACUACACCAGAGAAGAUCAACGAAAUUGAGAAUUAUUUCAAAUAAAAUCCAAAUGAUUAGAUUCGGAAAGCUGUUCAACCAUUAAAAAUAACCAAAUCAUCAUUACACAACAUUUUAAAAUAUUUUUUAAAGUUACAUCUAUAUAAAAUAAGCACUCAUCAAUUGUUAACUGAACAUGCCAUGACGAAACGCAUUGAAUUUUAUAACACUAUUACAGGAAUGUUUGAAGCCGAAGAACUUAAUGAGAAAUUGAUUAUUUAUUGCGAUGAAGCACAUUUUUGGAUGAAUGGGUACGUAAACAAGCAAAGGUACCGGUUUUGGGGAACGCAAAAUCCCAACAUAUCGCUAGCGAAGUCCUUUCAUCCACGGAAAGUAACGGCAUGGGCAGCAAUUUUGGUAAAAGGAAUUUAUUUGCAAUUCUUGGAAUCUACGGUAACAGCAGAAAGUUACAAACAGCUUUUGGAAACGAAAUUCUUUCCUUAUGCAAAAAAGAGGGGACUGGUUAAAAAUUUUUACUUCAUGCAAGAUGGAGUGACCCCGUACCAGACUCAUGAGGUGUUUGAAGCUAUUCAUCGCGUAUAUGGGACUCGAGUAAUCGGUCUGGGGUACCGUAAAUUUGCUAAAGGCAGACUAGAAUGGCCUCCGUACUCACCAGACCUGGACCCUUGUGAUUUUUUCUUGUGGGGUAAUGAAAAUGCAUCUUUACCUCUACUAAUUUCAGAAGUAUACCGCCUGAUACCAUACAUUGGGUCGGAAUAUGUACAUUUUCACCCAAAAAAUAUGCCUGAUGUUAAGAUAGAUAAAAUUGAAAUUAUUGGCAUUGUCACAGACAAGAUAGAACUGCAAAAAUACAUCUCAUAUACUGUGGAUGACAGCACUGGCAUAGUUCCGGUAUUAUGUCCAAAGAAACCAGUAAAUGAAGAUGAGUCAACAGAUUCUCAAGAGUCAAGUGAUGAUGAGUCUUUUGCCCAUAAGGA